UCUACCUAAUUCCGACCUCUGAUUAUAAGUUAUAACUUAGCGUUCUGAUCAUGGUCAUCAAUGAUAUUUAUUAUCAGAUCAACUUGUCUCAUAUGUGAUGCGGAUGUGUCUCCAGACAAAUUGAAAGCACAUCUCCAGGAUCACCAGAACGCGUUGAAAACACCGAAAAAUCCGUCAGAGAAACUCACGGUUGCUAAAGUCCCAUGUGAUCAGUGUGGAGCUAGUUUUGUGAACAUAUUGAAACAACAAGCUCAUGUUAAAAGAAUGCAUUUAGGAUUGAAAUACAACAAGAACAUCGUGUGCGAAGUGUGCGGGAAGAAAUGUACAUCGAACGCGGGACUAAAAUACCACCAGCGGACUCACACCGGUGAGCGUCCGUAUAGUUGCGCGUCGUGCAACAAACGAUUCAAGGACAAGAACCAGUUGCGCAUCCACGCGCGCGCGCACACCGGCGAGCGGCCGUACGCGUGCGCGCUCUGCGGGAAGCGGUUCAGCCAGAAGCCCGCGCUCAACCGCCACUACAGGGUGAGCGGGUACCGGUUUUUUUGUAACCGGUUUCUUUUCUCGCUACCGGUUUUUCUAACCGGUUUGCUUUUAUUUAUUUAUUUAUUUACUCUUUAUUGCAUUAAAUAAAGAUAAUACAAAUGGCGGACUUAAUGCCAAGGGCAUUCUCUACCAGUCAACCUGAGCGAAUGUUGGAUUUGCAUGUUAGGCGAUAAAGAUUGAUAUAUCCAGUAAAAAAAAAAUACAAAAUAAAAAAUAUAUAAAUAAAAAUAUUGAAUAAUUACAUAAAUACUAAUUACACAUACACAUAAAUAACAUACAGAAUGCGAACGAUACAAUUACAGUCCGAGAUAGUGCUCACGCACCAAUUUCCUGAAUAUCAC